AUGGAGGAGCCGGGCAGGGCCUUGAGCGCAGCGGUCCGGGAGCACCUGAGGCAGCUGUGUCUGCGCGAGUUCCCGUGCGGCACCGGCAGCUGGAAUAAGUCACGCUUUCUUCCUCGAACUCCCCGAGCAUGGAGGGAGCUGAUCCCCAGAGAAGAGGAGGUCGUGAGCCCUGGGGAGGAGUCGGUGGAGGCCCUGUUGGACCUGGUCCGUAGCCCCCACUCACCCUGGGCUCUGCUGGAGGGCUCCAGUGCAGAGGACCGUUUUCUGAAAGAACUGGCCAUCCAGAAUCCCCUGGUGCUCAAAGACACCUUCUUCUACUCCUACUUCAGGUCCCUACAGGUGGUGGACAAGCAGGUGAACCUGGUGGAUAAAGGUCUCCUGAAAUUUCUAAAACUCGAAGAGUUGGUACUGAGUGCCAAUCAAAUCAAGGAGGUUGAUGCCAUCAACCUGCCCCCAACUCUCAAGGUGCUGGAGCUCUAUGGCAACAAGAUCACCAGCAUGGAGUGUCUGUGUGCCCACCCGCCCCCACGUCUCCAGCACUUGGGCUUGGGUCACAACAAGCUUCUGGGCCCCUUAGAAAGUCUGUAUGUCACUGCAGAUCACUGGCCCAACCUUGUCUCUCUGGACCUGAGCUUCAAUGACCUGACGGACCUGCAGGGCAUGAUCGCCAGCCUCAGCACCCUCCAACAUCUGAGGCUGCUCGUGCUGCAGGGGAACCCAUUGGGCCUGGUGCCCUACUACCGAGGUUUCACCAUCGACAGCCUGUCCCGGCUCUGCGUGCUAGAUGACAUCACCGUGUCUCCCAAUGAGAAGUAUCUGUUCAGGGGGCUCAGCCACCAUGGGGACCUUUUGGCAUGUGAGGCGCAGCUCGUGGUGACCAUUGGAAAUGUCAAGGGGGUUCCCGACACCUCUAUCUUGGACCCUGACCCGGAGCCCCAAGGCCCUUUUAUCAGUUACAGCUACUAUGUGACCUACGGUUUCGUGGAAGAUGAAGAAGGAGAAGGAAGUAAAUACGGUGGUGUGCUGGCGGAGGUGGGUCCCCUCGGGCUGUCCCGGGAGCGAGGGGGCUGGGCGGCGCGGAGCUCAGGGCACGGGGUCUCCUGUGCAGCAGAACCGCUUCUUGGAGCGCAGAAAACCCCCUUAAUUGGAGCUUUCUGGUUCACACCCGCCUCUGAGGGGGAAGCGGCUCUGGUCAGACCCUUUCUUGCAGCUCACUGCCGUUCGCCUCCUUCCUUUGCCCUUGAAAUCCCAGCAAAUGGCCUCACCAGGGAGCAGCAUACCUCUCAGGAGGGGCAAGACGGGCAUUUAAAAAAACAACAACGACAAACAGGCCGGAAGCCUCCUUCCCAAGGCGCGCGAGUGCCUGAGUUCUCGCUUCCAGCCCAGGGGGCGCAGGCACCUGCUCCCGCACUUGCCCUUGCGCUGCGCUGCGCGGAGAACCCGAGCGGCGGCCCCCGCGGGUCCGUGUCUCUCCCGCAGACCGUCAAGCCCUCGCCCCGCGGCGAGCAGCUGGGCCAGGACGUCCGCGAUGAGCUCUCCGAGGGGCGCGAAGACUCGGCAGAGUCCGGGCCGGCCCCGCCGUCGGGGGAGCGGGAGGACUCGCCGGCCUCGGGCGCGUCGGCGGCCCCGCCCUGGGUGACGGACUCGGCGGAGGAGCUGGCGGAGCUGGCCCAGCUGCGGCCGCGCGUCGAUCCCCGGCUCUGCCCCUCCCCGGGGACAGUCCUCUUCAGCACCACCCGCAAGCCCUGGACAGAUGUCAUUCCCUGCAACUAUGAGAUGCAGCACAGCCUCAGAGAUCUGGUGCCCCUCAAGGCCUUCCUGCUGGCGGGAACCACCGUGACCAUUGUGGAGGAGAAGAUCCUCUCCUGGCCUCUGGUGCCGCCUCCUGUCGACAUUGUGUCGCCUGCCAAGAAAGGAAAAGGGGAGAAGGACAAGAAAGGGAAGAAGGACAAAGACAAGGAAAAAGACGGGAGCGACAAGGCAGGGAAAGGGGAGAAAGGGACGGCAAAGGAACAGAAGGCGUCCAAGAAGAAGGAGCUUCCAAAGGAGCUCCGCCAGGACCCCCCCAUCCUGCGCGUGCUGGGCAGCGGCCUGCUGGCCUUGGAGCCCCUGCUGGCGGGGGAGCCGCUUGUGUCCUCCGUGUGCAACUUUGGGGUGAUCCGCACCCCGGAAAUCGACAGGCUGAUGUUUCUUAGGGAUUUGAAGAAGAACAAGAAAGCUAAAAAUGAAAAGAAAAAAUCUGCGUUUGCGAUUUACGAAAGCGACUACCAGCCGCAGCCGCUGACCGUGGAGGUGCAGAUCCAGCUGAACCAGUGCCGCUCGGCCGAGGCGGCGCUCCGGGACUUCUCCCUGUAGGGCGCGCGAUUAAAGGCUGUUCUGAUGCCCGCUGCUCGGCGUCCGAGUUGCCGCCACGGCGGGGGGCGGGCCGGGAGCCGCGGGGCGGGCAGGUGCACGGCCGGUGCCGGAAGCCGGA